AUGGUGGAUCUAGAGCGAUCUCCUCCAUCUUCAAAUUCCGGGCUUUUACGAAAGCGCCGCCGUGCGAAGGUUGCCUGCGAGUCAUGCCGCACGCGCAAGCGGAAAUGUGAUGGCCAGGAGCCAUGCGGGACAUGUGUACAGCUCGAGUAUGAUUGCCAUUAUGGUCUGACGUUGAAAGCGCCUAAGAGGACACCUGAAACCCCCAGGGGUGGACAGGCUAGUACAGAUGCCGCAGAGCCCCCGGGAACUGGUCAAAAUCCGGUCGCUGAUACUAGCAAUACGGCGGAGCCUCCAUAUCUGCUGAACCUUGAAAAUCAUGCCCGAAUAUACGAGAGCGAAUCACAAGCAACAUAUCCAUUGUUUCUCCAUAGUCAAGCCGAGCCCAGCAGCUGUGCAUGCCUCUCCCUGCUUUACCUUAUGAUGGAACAGCUCCGAGCCAAAGAUCGGAUCGCCGUCCCAGGCGACUUGGUCCUGCUCAGAAACUGUGUCAGUUCCUCGAAACAAGUCUUGUAUUGCCAAGAGUGCCCGCGUCGUUACUUGUCCAUCGUUCAAAACGGCACCAUGCUGGGCGUACUAUGUAUGUGCAUCGCGGCAUGUUAUGCACGAGCUCUCGAAACAAUCGAUGCAGAAAUGAAACGAGCGUCCGAUGCCAACGAACGGAAGCAACUCUGCAUCUCAACCUCAAAUCCCGAAGCACUACACGAUCCUUCUUCGUUAGGGAACGUCUUAUCGUCCUUUUCGGUAGAUAUCGCCGCUUCGGAAUGGGCGAGUAUCAUGCGCAGAACUGUAAAAGUGGAGAUUUUUGGUAGUGAGUCUAGUAAGGAGAACUCUUUUAUGACUUUCAUCGAUACCUUACAAGAGCGUCAGAGGGGCUGGCAUCAGACCCCCCCAGCUCCUGACUGUCCCUCUACGUACCGGUCCCUAUGUGAUAUGACUGGCCCGGAACCGGUGUGUCUUGCUAUUGUCAAUGAAGCGAAGAAGCUCGUUAAUAGCUUCAAGUUCUGA